GGAAAACCGAACAACCAUCCAUGGCUUCCGCUUUCCGCCCUCUCCUUCUCUUUCUCCUACUCCUCCCUCUCUCCGUCACUGCCAACCUCCACAAAUCUAAAACCCUCCUCAAAUCAAGUCUCUUCUCCUCCACCACUACAUCCCACCUCAACGACACCCCACCAACCACCUACUUCGAAGUCACCAAACCCAUCAGACUUCCCAAGACCCAACCUUGCGUCUAUCCCAUUCUCCACCAUGAUUUCGGAUAUACAUAUGGGAAACCUCCAGUUCUCGCAGAAUAUAUCCCACCUUCUCACUGUCCAUCUCACGAUUUCUCUAAAAUUGUCCUUGAAUGGAGUGCCACCUGCAAAGGAAGGCAAUUUGAUCGGAUUUUUGGGAUCUGGCUAGGUGGGGUCGAGAUUCUUAGGAGCUGCACUGCAGAGCCAAGAGCUACUGGGAUUGUGUGGAGUGUCAAGAAGGACAUAACAAGGUAUUACUCUUUGCUUGUUAAGAAUCAAACACAAAGUCUUGCUGUUUAUUUGGCUAAUUUAGUUGAUCGAACUUAUACUGGCGUGUAUCAUGUGAACAUAACUGCUUAUUAUUACCCUGCUGAGAAGAAAUUCAAUGACUUUGAGAGCAAUUUGGAGAACUUGGCAUCUGGGUACGGCUCUAGGGCUGAUUUAAUCUUACCCAUUUCACGGAAUUUUCCAUUGAAUGAUGGGUUGUGGUUUGAAAUUGAGAAUUCCACAGAUACUGAGGGGAAGGAAAUCAAAAUUCCUCAAAGUGUGUUUAGGGCUGUCUUAGAGUUGUAUGUGUCAUUCCAUGAGAGUGAUGAGUUUUGGUAUGGAAAUCCACCAAAUGACUAUCUUUUGGCUCAUAAUCUUACUGACACAGCAGGAAAUGGACCUUUCAGGGAAGUUGUGGUUACUCUUGAUGGAAAUGUGAUUGGUGCAAUUUGGCCUUUUACUAUGGUUUAUACAGGAGGGAUUAACCCCCUCUUGUGGAGACCAAUUUCUGGCAUUGGAUCAUUUGAUCUCCCUUCAUAUGAUAUUGAAAUUACUCCGUUUUUAGGGAAUAUGUUGGAUGGUAAAACACAUACAUUGCAGUUCCACGUUACAAAUGCUUUGAAUGUGUGGUAUAUUGAUGCCAAUUUGCAUCUCUGGUUGGAUGGAAAGAACACAUAUACUGAAGGAAGCUUCUUCAGCAUCAGGUCCAUAUCCUCAACUGGAUGGGUUAAGUCAUCUCAUGGCAAGAUCACUACUAAAGCCAUUCAAAAGUUUAGUUAUGCUAACUCAAUGGUGAUGGGAAAUAAUGGGAAUGUUCAGAUGGUGAAUCAGGAGAUCCGUUUUGAUGACAGUGUUCAGGUCAAGAAGCCAUACGCUUUCUCCAAAGAAAACAAAUCACUUAAGAGGUUUCUUAUUGACUUAUACUCCAACGAUAUGGAUCAAGGAAAUAGAACUUAUUUAUCUGUAGCUAAUGUUAUGCUGGGAUUUAAUGAAAACAAGUUUGGAGUCAGAGGCGCUGGUUUCCGAAUGCCUGUCAGUUCUCUUGAGAAUUUACAGAAUGGGCAGGGCAUAAAGGUUGUUAAGAACAAAUUGCUUGUCAGUGGAGUUGGGUGUACCCAACAAAAGUAUAAGUGUGAAGGCAAUAAAUUUUGCUACUUUAGGAACAUUAGCAGUUCAAACUACACCAUUCUUAAUGAUGAAGUUGGAAAUGCAUGCAAUUGAAGAACAGGAUCCAGUCUUGGCUUUGGGUUGAGCAGCAGAUGGAUACCUUCAUCUUAGUUGACAGUGAGGGUGGUAAGCUAUUUGACCAUGCAUUCUUUAUCAUGGCUUUUGGUGAUGGAAUGAAGAUACAAGUAUGUUUACAAAUCUGGCCUCUUUGGUGCUGUAAAUUGCAAUCCCAUUCUAGUCUUCGACUUUUCAGUAAACCUGAAAUGUAGAA